UUAUGGAACAUAACCUAUAAAUCUGCGACGUAUAAUAGUCACAUAGUUGAUGGUACAGUUGUAAAUACACAAUAAAAAAAUCCAUAAUAAUCAAUUGUCAGAUUGUCACAAUUGUAUAGUAGAAGUUUUGCUUUCUAUAAAAAUUUUAUCACAAUGGGAAAAACCUCAAAGGAUAAACGCGAUAUAUAUUACAGAAAAGCGAAGGAGGAAGGAUGGCGAGCUCGAAGUGCUUUCAAAUUACUUCAAAUCGAUACUGAAUGUCACAUUUUUGACGGAGUGUCCAAAGCAGUGGAUUUAUGUGCUGCACCUGGAAGCUGGAGUCAGGUCUUAGCUCGUAAGCUAAAUGAAAACUAUAAGAGAGCUUUAGAAAAUUUUGGAGGUGAUGCAUCUCCUCCAAAAAUUGUGGCAGUUGACUUGCAAGCAAUGGCACUCUUGGAAGGAGUUAUUCAAUUGCAAGGUGAUAUUACCAACACCAAGACGGCAGAACAAAUUAUUGCACAUUUUGAUAAUACUCAAGCAGACUUGGUAAUGUGUGAUGGAGCACCUGAUGUGACUGGUCUGCACGAUAUGGAUAUAUUCAUCCAAUCACAGCUAUUAUUAGCUGCUCUGAACAUAACUACACACAUCUUAAGACCUGGUGGGACAUUUGUGGCGAAAAUCUUUCGUGCUAAAGAUGUGUCAUUUUUGUAUGCUCAAUUAAGGAUAUUUUUUCCUUAUGUUUAUUGCACAAAACCUAGCAGUUCUCGUAACUCAAGUAUUGAAGCAUUUGUAGUCUGUAAGGACUAUUCGCCACCAAAAGGUUAUAAGCCACACAUGCUGAAUCCUUUGCUAACACAUGAACCAUGCAACUUUGAAAAACUGACAGAUGUUAAUAAGAUUAUUGUCCCAUUUGUCGUUUGUGGGGAUCUAAGUCAGCCUGAUUCAGACACAUGCUAUCCAUUGAAUUAUGAAGGAAAAAAUUACGUAUAUCAUGAACCAGUACAAACACCCAUAGCACCUCCUUAUGCAGAAGCUUUGUCUCUGUUGGAAAAUGGAAAAAAAUCUGGAGAUAGCGCUUUCGUUUUUGAUCAUCACGUCGACUUUAGUGAGAUUGUCAAUAUAGAAUCAAAACAUGGUGCAAUGUUCGAAAAAAGAAAAGAUGCUUUUAGUGCCCUCAAGAAUGAGAUAAGUGCAAUCACGAAGGCUUCACACGAUCAGGAUAAGGAGGAUGAAGCAACCGAUACAUUAAAAAACUUGUACAAGUCUGAAGAAAAUAACGAUACAGAUAACAACUGAGAGAAAUAAUUGAUUUAUUUAUCGAAUAUAUAGAAUAAUUUUUAUAUUUUAAGAAUAAAUUUUUUUACUUUUUUAAACAAUUAACAUAAUUUCU